GGAAGAAAUUGACCAGCAAAUAUGACUCUGACAACACUAUAUAAUAUGCUCAAACCUCCUACCCGGGCAUCGUAUUAUACCACACUUCGUCUGAUCGCACAACUCGAAAACCCUCUGAUUCGAACACACCGUCUCAAAUGCAUGUCGCGACAAUUCUUAUAUCUAAUCUUCAUUGCAGCAGCUGUGCACGCACAAUCAAUGAAUUGCUCUUCUCUAUGUCACCCCCUCCAACGAGGGUAGACGUAUCCAUCGUCCACCAGUCAGUGACAGUCGAGCAUGCCCUUACAAUACCCAGAGACAUAAUAAAAUCCGUGCUUGAAGACGCUGGGUUUGAGAUAUCCGACCCAGAUCCCGCUGCCUCCGAGCACAGGCAGUCACAGCGAAUGUCUGGGAUGAGCACUAUGCUUUCUGGACAACGUCGAAAGCAUAUACAGCAGUGUUUAUUUUGUCAGGAGGCACGCGCUAUUGCCCUCGAUGACAACGUUUCACCACUCCUGCGGGGGAAUAUCGGCGGCCUAUCUUCCAACAGUGUUUCUCCCACUGAUUGCUCCACGCCGGAGGGACCAGAGAAGGACUCGAGCCCAAGCUCGUACCAUGAAGUCGGCCUUGAUGAUGUGCCGCAUCGCGUCACACUGUCUGUAGGCGGCAUGACAUGCGCCUCAUGUCCGAGUACCAUAACGGAAAUGGUCUCGCAACUCCCUGGCAUCUCCGAACUGGUCGUCAGUCUGCUCAACCACUCUGCCACAGUCGUUGUUGCUCGGAGGGACCUUGUUGGUUCUGUGACCGAAACGAUCGAUGACUGCGGCUAUGAAGUCGACAUCAUCAAGAUCGAGCCCCUCGUGCCAUCGACAUCAGAAAGUAACGCGGCAACAACGGGGUUUCGGAAUAUAUCGCUUCUUGUCGAGGGAAUGUAUUGCCAACAUUGUCCAGCAAAGAUCAUGACUGCCUUGCAAAGGCUCCAGUCAGACGUCGCCGUUUUCAAACCAUUAUCAAACCAUUUGGAUCCAAUAAUCGAAAUUUCAUACAAGCCGUCACCUCCCGACUUCACCAUUCGCUCCAUCAUCUCCGCUAUUGUGUCCGUGGAGCCGACGUCAUACAGUGUGCUGAUUUAUCAUCCACCUACGCUCGAAGAGCGCACGCGCAGCAUGCAGCAGUGUGAGCGACGAGCUUUGCUGCGGCGGCUGUUUUUCACUUUCAUCAUUGCGAUACCUACGUUCAUCAUCGGUGUAGUUUACAUGAGCCUUGUUCCUGGUAGAAAUCAGACGAAGCAAUACCUAAUGGGGCCCAUGUGGAAUGGAAAUGCGUCCCGCAUCGAGUGGGCGCUCUUCUUGUUGGCGACGCCGGUAUACGUUUACAGCGCUGGCUCAUUUCAUCGCCGGAGCAUCAAAGAAAUCAGAGCGUUGUGGAGGAAAGGGAGUACGACUCCCAUCAUCAAGCGCUUUACUAGAUUUGGGAGUAUGAACCUUCUGGUGUCUACCGGAGUAUCUGUGGCCUACUUUUCGUCGAUCGCGCUUCUCGCUCUUGCAGCCACACAGUCGCCUUCGAGCAGUGGUGUAGCGCAAGAAACGACAUAUUUCGACGCUGUUGUGUUCCUGACCAUGUUUUUACUUGCUGGCCGUUACCUCGAGGCAUACAGCAAAGCGAGGACUGCCGACGCCAUUACUGCGCUCGGCUCACUCCGCCCCGCCGAAGCCCUUCUCUUGGUUCCUCGCUCUGCUUCUGGGUCCAUGGCUGUCGCGACCGUUCCCCGCCACGAUCCCGAAAAAUGUGACGUAUCAUCUGAUAACGGUAGCCUUGCCGCCUCUCCUGGCUUCAAGUUUGAGAAGGUAGCAGUUGACCUCUUGGAGGUUGGCGAUGUGGUGCGUGUGCAAAACGGUGCCACACCACCAUCAGACGGUACAAUCGUAUCUGGUGUUGAGACGUCCUUCGACGAGAGCUCUCUGACGGGUGAGGCUCGACUUAUCAGUAAGAGUGUUGGGGAUAAGGUUCUCCUCGGGACAAUCAACAAGUCCAGGGCUGUAGACGUUCGGGUCGAUGCUAUUGGUGGUCUCACGAUGCUGGACCAGAUCGUGCAGAUCGUCCGUGAGGGUCAAACUCGCAGGGCGCCCAUUGAGCGCAUUGUAGACCACAUCACGGGUGUAUUUGUCCCCGUCGUCACCUUGCUAGCGAUCAUCACCUGGUUGAUAUGGCUUUCCUUGGGUGAUGGUGGUGUCAUCCCUAAGAGCUAUUUAGAUAUAAGUGUGGGCGGAUGGAUCGUGUGGUCUCUCGAAUUCGCAAUCGCAGUCUUCGUCGUGGCAUGUCCUUGUGGUAUUGGCCUCGCAGCACCGACCGCUCUUCUUGUGGGAUCUGGGCUCGCAGCCAAAUAUGGCAUCUUGGCUCGCGGAGGCGGCGAAGCUUUCCAAGAAAUGGCACAACUUGACAUCGUCGUGUUCGACAAGACCGGAACACUUACGGAAGGUGGUGAGCCCCGAGUGUCUGAUGCCGAGAUCCUACUUUCGUCGGUGCCUCGGGAGACGCUUCUCGGAAUCGCCGCGGAGUUGGAAUCUGCUUCCUCUCACCCGCUCGCGACUGCGAUUCGGCAGUAUGCUGAGGAGCAUAAUGCUGCGUCUGCUGUUGGAAGUGCAUUCGAUGAAAUUGCUGGUAAAGGUGUCACAGCGAAUUUUGACGACAUGCGUCGCAAGGCAAUAAUAGGAAACGAAGCCCUGAUGCGAGACCAUGCCGUCUCUCUUUCUCCAGACGUGUCUCAAAUGCUCGACAGGUGGAAAUCAGAGGCGAAGAGUAUCGUCCUUCUCGCGGUUACGGACGCAGAUGUGGAUAAUCGUUUCGUCGUUGCAGCGAUAUUCGCCGUGUCGGAUCCCAUCAGGCAAGAAGCUAACGGUGUCGUACGCCGUUUGCACGAGCAGGGCAUUGGGAUAUGGAUGAUAUCAGGGGACAACGAGACAACUGCUAAAGCAGUCGCGAGAUCCGUGGGAAUUCCUGAAAUGAAUGUCAUCGCUGGUGUCUUGCCCCAACAAAAGGCAGAAAAGAUCGAGUGGCUGCAGCACAAUGGUGCCAAGCGACCUUCUUCACGAUGGCAGCGUGUGCUGAGCAGGUCAACGUCAAAUGAACGUUGCAUCAUCGCAAUGGUUGGGGAUGGGAUUAAUGACGCACCUGCACUGGCUGCCAGUGACAUAGGAAUAGCUAUUGGAUCUGGAAGCGAUGUCGCAAUAUCUAGCGCCUCAUUUAUUCUUGUAUCUUCAAACCUCAAAAGUCUACUCAUACUGAGCGACCUAUCGAGAAAAGUGUUUAAUCGCGUCAGAAUCAAUUUCAUGUGGGCAAUCAUGUAUAAUUUAGUCGCAGUCCCUAUCGCUGCUGGCGUUGUGUACCCUGCCGGACACGCGCGUUUAGCUCCCGUGUGGGCGUCGUUGGCCAUGGCAUUAUCAUCUGUAUCUGUGAUUUGCUCCUCCCUCGCACUCAAGCUGUACAGAGAACCGAAGAUACAGCUUUAA